AUGGAUGUUCCUACUAGAUGGAAUUCUACCUAUCUUAUGCUUGAGAGUGCAAUUCGAUAUCGACGCGCCUUUGGAAGUUUGGCUAUCCGUGAUAGAAAUUAUUUUCAUUGUCCGUCAAAUGAUGAGUGGAAAAAGGCUGAAAAAAUGUGUGAGUUCUUGAAGCCGUUUUAUGUAAUGACUAAUUUGAUUUCAGGUUCUUCUUAUCCAACUUCUAAUCGUUACUUCAUGCAAGUUUGGAAAAUUGAAUGUUUGUUACGAGAAAAUGUAAAAAGUGAUGAUAUGACGAUUAAAGAUAUGUCAUUGAGUAUGAUGAACAAGUUUAGUAAGUAUUGGGAUCAAUAUUGUGACAUUCUUGCUAUUGGGGCUAUUCUUGAUCCACGGAUGAAGUUUGAAGCCAUUCGAUUUUGUUAUAGAAAGAUUAAUCCUUCUACUUGUGAAGAAAAAAUUAAUGUUUUAAAGGAUAACAUGUAUAAGUUGUUUGAAGAAUAUGUCAAAUUAAAUUCAAAUGAGUCAAAUACUUCAAGUUCUCGAGUUGCUCCUCCAACACAACAACCUUCUUUUACUAAUGAUGAGCCACUGAUGGAUGCAUUUGAUGAAUAUGUUGAUUAUUUGAGCCAACAUGUUAAUGACACUGGAAGAUCUGAAUUAGAUCUUUAUUUAGAUGAAGGGAAUCUUGAUCCAAAGUUUUUUGAUAAGUUAGAUGUAUUAAGUUAUUGGAGGGAUCGUCAAGAUCGUUAUCCAAACUUGUCUAAGAUGGCUUGUGAUGUUUUUAGCAUUCCAAUCACUACAGUUGCUAGUGAGUCUGCCUUUAGUCUUGGUUCUCGUGUGCUAACCAAAUAUCGUUCAUCCAUUCUUCCAGAGAAUGUUGAGGCAAAUUUAAUAGAUGGAUAA